GGAGGGAACCGGGGGAGGAACUGCCGACUACUGUGUCAGCCUGUCGAAUGCCCUCUCCCAUUGAGGAAUACUAAGCUUUACGCGGAUCUUGUUUUCUUUACUUACAAAUGACACAAGACACGGCCAGAAAGGGGAAUUUAUUUCGAUAAAUCAGAAAACAUCCUUCCUGGUGAGGGCUCAACUACCCCACUGCAAUUCCAUUUGUGGUUGCUGCCAUGAGGAAGACAGCCUAGACUCCUAUUUCCUGUCCUUUGUCCCAUUCCAUGUCAGAGAAGAGUGAUCCUCAGCAUUACCGCUAUUCAACCCUGGACGGGCGGGAAAGGUCCCGUGAAAGGGUCAUCCUUCAGGUGGAGGAAGGAGAGGUCUCUCCGUGCUCCGCCAUCAAGCAACUGCACCGCAUGGCCAGCAGUUACAGUGAGGGUUGUGGCAGGAGGGACGGGGGUGACAUGGAACCCGAGUUGGGGUUGGCUUCUGAGGGGAGCGACAGCAGCCAGGAGCACCCUGCCUCGCCCGGUUCUCCGCAUGAUGAAAGGAAGCGCACCCGCUUACACGAAGAUGUCGAGAUGGCCGGCUCAAGCGGAAGUGGGACAGAAUCCCAUGGCAACGAAUCGCAUGGAAAUGAGUCUCAUGGCAAUGAAUCUGUGGGCAGUUCAAAUGGAAAUGGGAAGGAUUCCGCUCUACACGAGUCAUCAGGAAGCAACAAGAGCUCCAACUCUCACAGCCCCUCGCCACCCAGCAGCUCCAAUGCCUUCAGUCUGGUGAGCUCUGAGCAGGACAACCCAUCUACUAGUGGUUGCAGCAGCGAACAGUCGGCUAAGGCAAAGACACAGAAAGAGCUCUUCAAGACCCUGAAGGAGCUGAAAAUGCAUCUGCCCAUGGAGAAGAGGAGCAAGGGCAAGUCCACCACUGUCAACACACUCAAAUAUGCUCUACGGUGUGUCAAGCAGGUGAAAGCCAAUGAGGAGUAUUACCAAAUGCUAAUGAUCAACGACAGCCAACCACCUGGGUUUGAAGUGUCAUCGUACACCAUUGAGGAAAUCAACAGCAUCACUUCUGAAUACACCCUCAGAAACACUGACAUCUUUGCUGUGGCUGUCUCACUAAUCACCGGAAAAAUAGUUUACAUCUCCGAUCAAGCUGCGACCAUCUUAAACUGCAAGCGCGAGGUGUUCCAUAAUGCCAAGUUUGUGGAAUUCUUGACACCUCAGGACGUGAGCGUGUUCUACAGCUUCACCACGCCAUACCGGUUGCCUUCGUGGAGCAUGUGCACCGGAGCAGAGUCGUCUCCCACGGAGUGCAUGCAGGAGAAAUCCUUCUUUUGCCGCAUCAGCGGUGGGAAGGAGCACUAUGGGGAUAUGCAGUACUACCCUUUUCGCAUGACUCCUUAUCUGAUGAAAGUCCAAGAUGCAGAAUUGUCUGAGGAGCAGUUCUGCUGCCUCCUGCUGGCAGAGAGGGUGCACUCUGGGUAUGAAGCACCCAGAAUCCCUCCUGACAAGCGCAUCUUCACCACCACACACACGCCAAACUGUGUUUUUCAGGACGUGGAUGAAAGGGCUGUUCCGCUGCUAGGUUACCUCCCCCAGGACUUGAUCGGAACACCCGUGCUGCUCAAUUUGCACCCAAGUGAUCGACCUAUCAUGCUGGCUGUGCAUCGCAAGAUUCUGAAGUAUGCUGGUCAACCAUUUGACCACUCCUCAAUACGCUUCUGUGCAAGAAAUGGGGAAUACAUCACAAUUGACACGAGUUGGUCCAGCUUUGUCAACCCCUGGAGCCGUAAAGUUUCCUUUGUCAUUGGAAGGCAUAAAGUCCGCAUGGGCCCUGUGAAUGAAGAUGUUUUUGCAGCAAUGGCUUUCAGUGAAGGGAAGAUGAUGGACUCAGACAUCCAAGAAAUUAGUGAGCAGAUCCACAGGCUCCUCCUACAACCGGUUCACAACAUGGGAUCCAGUGGUUAUGGUAGCCAUGGCAGCAAUGGCUCCCACGAACAACAGGUGAGCAAUGGCUCAUCCAGCGAAAGCAAUGGGAAUGUGAUAGCCGGGAACACACCUGAGGAGACGAGCAAGGCCAAGCCCACAAGGACAUUCCAGGAGAUUUGUAAGGGAGUUCACAUGCUCAAGAACCAGGACUCCCAGCUGUGCCUGCGCUCCCCUCCGCCAUCACCAGCUCCAUACCCAUCCAAACACGAAAAGAAAAACUCUGAUGUGUCGCAAAAGAGUCCAGUGGUGCGUCUGAAGGAUUCUGCACCGAGAGACAGUAAUGCGGCUAGCUUGGAUGAAUUCACCUUUAAAGACCAGACUGUCUGCUCCUACCAGCAGAUUAGCUGCCUUGACAGUGUUAUCCGGUACCUGGAGAGUUGUAACAUCCCCAUCACUGUGAAAAGGAAAUACCAGUUUUCUUCAAACACCACCUCCUCCAACUCAGAUGAUGACAAAAAGUGUACAGAGGGCACCGUGCAAGCUCCUGGUGGUUCAAACACAGAUUCUUUGAUGCUCGAGGCCCAGCCUGGAUUGUCAAACAUGAAAGUGCUCAAGAAGUCUGAAGCAGCAGUGGUUGGAGCACCAAUGGGAGCCCUUCCUUUACCCAGCAAGGCAGAAAGUGUUGUGUCAAUCACAUCUCAGUGUAGCUAUAGCAGCACCAUUGUGCAUGUGGGAGACAAGAAGCCUCAACCAGAGUCUGAAAUCAUUGAGGACGUUGCCGAGAGUCCCGCACCUCCCGCCCCGCCUGUCAGCGUGGUGUCUCCGCUGAGCCAGGAGAAGGAGGCCUAUAAGCGGCUGGGACUGACCAAGCAGGUGCUGGCAGCCCACACACAGAAAGAAGAGCAGGCCUUCCUCAAUCGCUGCCGGGAACUCUGUAAAGCCAGGACGUUCCAGAAGGACUAUUCCAGCCAUCUGCACAGGCAGAAGGGCCCAGUCAAUCCUGAAGAACCAUCAGGACUACGAGGUGCUGCCAAACAGGGCGCCACUCGGCCAGAGACGACUGCCAAAAGGGGGAACCGCAACAGGAAGUCCAAGAAGCCGCGCAUGAAGCAUCCUGAAUCGUCGGACAGCGCUGUGUCAAACCGCAAACCCCGCCCCCCUCUUCAGGGCCUCAACCAAACGUCAUGGUCUCCAUCGGAAGCGUCCUUAUCUGCUUUUAGUGUGUCCUACCCAGCCAUGGUACCUGCGUACCAGCUCUACCCACCGACACCUGCUGCUCCAGCACAGGUCCCCCGUCCUGACCCCUCCCUUACCACGGGCUUUGUGGAGGGCCAAAGCAGCCAAGUCCCUCCGACCGCCACUCCUUUCCCCGCGCCCAUCGUUACGCCGGUGGUGGCUUUUGUGCUACCAAACUACCUCUUCCCUCAAAUGGGACCAUUGAGCCAAAUGGGGCCUGCUCCCAGACCAGCGUUUUUCCCAGAGCAGACCCAGACGCAACCUCAGUUCAAUGGCCAGCAGCCCUUUCAGACCCCGCAGCCAGCUUACACCUUGCAAACACAACCCCCCUUCACCAGCCCACAGAUUUUCCCCGUGCCGACUGCCUUUCCAUCCCAGCAGCCUUUCCAGGGUCGCCCAGCCACCUACACUGCCCAGCAGCCCUUCACUCCCCAGCCAACUUUCUCAGUCCCGACUCCGUUUGUAGCCCAGGCCCCAUAUUCAGCUCAGCCAUUCCCUUAUAGCCUCAACACCCAAGCCCCUAAAGGCUUAGGUUUGGAGCCCAGAGAGGGGGCGGCAUCUCGCUCCUCCACCCCAGCAUCCGGCGCACGUGAGCGCACCACAUCACCGACACUCUUUGAGUCACGGUGCAGCUCGCCCCUGCAGCUCAAUCUACUGAGCAUGGAAGAGGGCCAACGCUCGGUUGAACGGCAGGACAGUACGGUGCCCUCUGCUGGGCCUCUCGGCACCAGCACGGCGGCGUGUUCUGCUGCAGCAGGACCUGUGGGGGAAAAGAGCACGACGCCCUCAGCCAAGGCUGAAAAUCUCCAGCUGGUUAAUUCUCCAGAGGAUGGCGCGCAUAGUGACGGUCACUCGUCCUCCUGUGACCUACUGGAUAUCCUUCUUCAAGAGCAGGAGGACUCUCACUCUGGCACCGGUUCAGCAACAUCUGGGUCCAUGGGCUCCGGAUCGGGAUCUGGAUCAGGCUCAGGAUCAGGCUCUGGUUGCAAUGGCUGCGGUACAUCAGCAAGCGGAGCCUCAGGCAGCAGAACAGGGAGCAGCAACACGAGCAAAUACUUUGGCAGUAUUGAUUCUUUGGAACAUGACCCGAAGACGAAAACCAAAGCCAAGACGAGAGGUGAAGGAGAUUCUGACGGUGGCCAAUCACAGGCCACGACGUCAGCCAAAGCCGAGGGCAAGCAUUUCAUCAAAUACGUUCUUCAGGAGCCCCUUUGGCUGCUGAUGGCCAAUGCCGACGACAAGGUCAUGAUGACGUACCAAAUGCCAUGCAGGGACAUUCAGAAAAUUUUGCGUGAAGACAAGGAACGGCUGAGACAGAUGCAGAAGAACCAGCCCCACUUCUCCUCAGACCAGCGCCGAGAGCUGCUGGAGGAACACCCUUGGAUGAGAAGAGGGGGGCUACCUGCAGCUAUCAAUGUGAAGGAGUGUCUGUACUGUAAAGAUGCCGCAGAGGACCACAUCGAGGAAAACCUCCCUGAAAUGGACAUAGGGGAGAUGGGCGAGGAGCUGAGCCAAGAAUGCGAAAACGCUAAGAGCCAAUCAGAGGAGCCGCAGCCCAAGCUUGACUCUGGCUCGUGAGCCAUUACAGUGCCAGCAGUGGGGGACACCCUUGACCAGCCAUGGAUGGACCCUUAACACCUUAACACACCCAACACACUCAGACACACAAUAUUGUAAACGUGGCACUCACCGGCCGUGUGCCUGGCCGUCCUCAACGAGACUCUUUAAACACAGAUGAACUGAAGCUGUGACGGUUGUGUGGAUGCUGUGAGUGUCUUUGUGUGCUGACUCUGUGAGAGCGUGAUGAGUACAAAGUGAUCACACGGCAGCCUGUGCGUGCAGAGCCUUUAUGCUGUACAGCUGUCCGAAUUCAAUCCCAGAUAUGAAAUGUAUACUUGUCCUAUUAUUUAAUUCUCCCCUCCCCUAACCUUAUUUUCCUGAGAGUUAAUAUCAGCACUUUUUUUCUUCCUCCAGCUCAUUUUUCAUCCAUGAGGAAUAUCGGAGCUGAUGAUGUAUGGUCACCCUGUUUUUUUGUGUUUUUUAUUUUUUUGUGCGUGUACUUCUUGGACCAUGGCGUAGCACUUCUGUCAUCAGUCAAACUGACUGACUAAUAUAACACUCACUCAUCAGCCAAUAGAAAUGACGGACCACGUGCAGUCGAACUGCAACUUGCACAAUCUAAUGCACAGCACAAGACAGACAUUGAACUAAUUUAUUUUGUAUUUGAUGUAAACGAGACCAGGGUUUCUUAUGCUACUGCCAAAUCGCUUAAACAUGAAGAUUGUAUAUAGCGGCAGUUGACUACUGUAUGUAUUACAUGUAGAAGUCAUCUGCAGGACCUCAUAGGUCACUUUAGUCAAGAGGCCUAAACUGGAAUAUGAAACCUGCACACAAGAGGUAGUGGGUGACAUGUUUGAUGACAAUACUCCCACCACCACAACCACACACCCUCAAAAUAUAAAAUCCAUAGGAAUUGAAGAAUACUUAAAGUUUUAGCAGAGGGGUGUUUUUUGUAUUAUUUAUUUUUUUCCCCAUUUGCAACAGUCAUUGCUUCAAUGGUUUCCAGUGCUGUAUUCAAUCCGUGCGUAUUCUGUGAAUACAGAAGAAUGUAACAAAUCACGGGACCAUAGGAAAGAAAAUAUUUUCGCCACACAACCCCUUUAUUAUUUUGCAUAAAGUCAGGAAACGGCAUAACGGUCAGUUUUGUUUUGUCGGGUGGGAUGCUUGGCACCCUGGGAUCAGAUCAGGUGAUUUGACAAACUCAGCUUGGGAAUGUAUCACAGGCGAGACCAAGGAUUUGUCAUUUUUUCUUUUCAAGAUUUGUGCUUUUCGUCCAAUUUUUAACUCCGUUUCUGUGGUCCUAUGUUGUCCAUUUUAUUUUAUUGGAUGAAAAGAUUUUAGGAGUGUGUAAUACAUGUGUCGCCGGAGAUGGACACAGCCCCGUGUCAUGUUACUACUGUGAGCAGUGAAGAACUGCCUCUAAACGUGCAUUUGGACCAUGUGUGAUGAUUUUCUCGCGUGACGGUCCUGUCGGACAGGCCGAGGCUCGACGACAUCCACGUUUCACCCCAUUUACCGGUACUCUCGCUAUGUGUCUCAGUUCUGUGCUGAGGAUUCCCCAAAGCUCUUGGGUGUGGAAAGCAUUGAGAGUGCAAAUGCGGUCCAUACAUCGGGAAUGGGAACAUGGAGAAUGUUUUACGCCUUACUCUUUUCCACAAAGAGGGAAGUCAAUAUUCAAUGAAUUCCGCACUGGGGAGAGUUAGUUGUGAGCGAAUGAGAGGAAACCUGACCUGUAAAUGCAUAUACAUACACGGUACUGGCACAUGAGGUCGUGUCAUGUCCAUAUGCUUUGUUGCCACUGUAUGAGUCUGGUUAUAUUCAACUAUAGUGCAGUUUUGUGCAUUAUUGUAUGUAGGUAUUUGUGUUUGAAACUUCGUUGUAAUAUGUUGUAAUAAAAUUACAACAACUAUUUAAAA